AUGAAGAUUGUGAUUCUUCUUGCCUGCCUUUUGGCCCUCAUUGCCCCUUUUGAGGCCCACCCUAUAGAAAUUGAAAACAGUGAACAACUGCCAAUCCCAUUUAAUCCAUCACAUCCAAACAACCCAAUUCUGAAUGAUCCACCUCAAAACCAAUCUUUAAGUUACUUUACAAAUGAGAUAGUUGACCCUCUAAUAAAUGUUUUAAUAGAACUAGCAAGUUAUAUUCCUGCUGGGCCUCCUGGACCCCCAGGAGCUCCAGGGGAUGCCAGCCCCGCUGGGCCUCCAGGGCCACCAGGGCCUGAGGGGUCUAUGAGUCCUGUAUCCAUGUAUCCUGAGGGUAAUCCUGGUCUCAUAAGUCCUGAAAACUUUGCAUGGCCCAUGUGUCCUGAGAGCAUCCCACAACCCAUAAGCCCUGAGAGCAUUCCACAACCCAUAAGUCCUGAAAGCCCCAUGGACCCCAUGAAUCCUGAGUACCACCCACAAGGCAUGUUUCCUCCUGUGGAGCCUGUGUAG